CACUUAUCCGUUGUUCUGCAUCUUGUCCUGACCUGCCGUCGAGGCAUCAAGCCUUCGGGUUCCAGCCAUAUCCUUUUGACUGAAGAGCAAUUCGACCGACUGUGGGGAUGUCAGCUGGACUCUGUCAACUUCCGUAGAAUCUCGAGCGCUGUCAGCGAUUUCGAAUCUCUGUCGCUUAUCUGCUUCCGAGACCGAUCGUCGCUGGAAGCCAAGCUUCGCGGCCUCACGCCCAAAUCGAACACGAACAGAGACACAUCGCCUCUCAAUAAGAAUUAUCAAGACUUGCAUUGCACCGAUGGACAUGGAAGGGGUAUCUUCGAAAAUGCGAGGGUUCUCUAUCGACUCUUGAACGGACUCGAUUCUGGCCUAUCUCAAACGCUCGCAUUGGGUUCUACUAGUUGGACAUCAUCCGUCCAAGUCAUCGUCUUCGCAUUCAGCCUUUGGCUCGGCGAUGAACGUUCUCUCGCAGACCGACAGGCCAGUCCCAAGAUCUUGGAUGUGGCCUGGGGCGAAGUAGAGAUCCCUACUCUGGACAAAGUGAACGACUUGCAGGAUAUCAUCGUCGCAGACAAUAAGGGGCAUAAUAACACUAAAUUUCAUCUCUUCCAGUCGGAGGACUCGGGUCUAGGGCGCGGGAAAACGGAGACUAUGAGCAUCGCCGCCCUCAAAGCAAGGCUGCAAGAUUACUUUCAGCCAUUCCAGAGCGCUCGAUCUCAGCGACCUGCAGUCAUGCUUGUGCAGAACAGCAGACAGACCAAAGACGUGCUCAAAUUUCUCGGUCGUCACUCACGUGAGAGAUCUGCUUCUCCUCGAGGCCGAUCCCGCGGGCGACGACAGAGCGCAUCGCUUCCUCGGCAGUACGCGCCCAUGUACCUGGUCGAGGUUCUGGCUCUCGCUAGACUCGCGAUCCGCUCGCAAGAUCACAUGCCCAGCCUUCUGAAGCCUGCUCAAGAACUCGGAAUUCCUGACGUCCCUGCCGGAUGGUGCUCAGGGAAUGAUUGUUGCACUUUACUUCGCAUCUUUGCUUUGAUAGUCAAGAACCCUGAAACCAUCGACGACCAGAAGUAUCAGAAACUGCAGACCCCAGCCGAAGAUGAAGGGGGCGAUAAUGAUGUCCUGUACGGCAAUGAGGAAGAGGAGUCUGAUUACGGCUCCGAAUAAGAUUUAAAUCAAUGUAUCAGACGGGCUUUGUGAGCUCUGUCGCCAUAUCUUUGUAG